AUGCCGAACGUAAAAGUCCAGUACCAUAAAGAAGACAUGGAGAUGAUGUCACGAGAGGAGCGGCCGAGCGAGUCAAGAAGCGAGUUAGAGUGGAGGAAGACUGAAACUUGCCGACAUCAGGUUGAUGAAAAUAUCGAAGCGGAGGGUAAUAUAAGGAGAAAAUGGGGAAAACGAGGAGUAAAGAACAAUUCGAACAAGAAUGACGAAAGCCAAAAAAUGGGGCAAAGAGGAAAGAUUCGGCAAAAGAAGUAAACACA